AUGGAAAGUUUUUGGAAAGCCGUCAGCCGCAAGAAACCUAACAACGACGAUGGAAGCCAUUCGAAGUUAGCCCGCGUGCUAACGCUGCUCGACUUAACCGGCCUUGGCGUUGGCAGUACGCUCGGUUUGGGUGCAUACGUGCUGGCCGGUUCCGUUGCGUACGAACAGGCCGGUCCGGGUGUGGUUAUUUCGUUCGUAAUUGCAGCCCUAGCGGCGGCCAUUGCCGGCUUGUGCUAUGCCGAGUUUGCAUCACGCGUACCGAAAGCCGGCUCGGCGUACAUCUACACGUACAUUACGAUCGGAGAGUUUGCGGCGUUCACGAUCGGAUGGAACUUAAUGCUGGAGUAUAUUAUUGGUACAGCGAGCGUCGCGAGAGGCUUGAGCGGAUACAUCGACGCACUGAUCGAUCAUCGGAUGGGAAAUGCCAUCAAAGAUGUGAUCCAGAUGAAGGUUAGCUUUCUGGCAGAAUAUCCGGAUGUCUUCUCCUUCCUGGUCGUGCUGGUGAUAACGGCUCUAUUGGCGUACGGUGUGAAAGAAUCAACACUGCUGAACAAUCUCUUCACCGGAGUGAAUCUUAUCGUCAUUGCGGUGGUGUUGGUAUCCGUUGGUAUUAAGGCGGAUCCGGCAAACUGGACCAUCCAACCGAACGAUCAGAGCGUACCGGCCGGCAUGGAUAUUGGUACGGGUGGCUUCCUUCCGUAUGGUAUUGCGGGCGUUAUGGCUGGAGCGGCAAAGUGUUUUUAUGGCUACGUAGGAUUCGAUUGCAUCGCCACGACCGGUGAGGAGGCACAGAAUCCUUCCCGAAACAUUCCACUAGCCAUAAUUGCGUCGCUGAUCAUAAUCUUUCUGUCGUACUUUGGUGUGGCAACUGUGCUUACGAUGGCCCUUCCCUACUAUCUGCAAGACCCCAUUGCACCCUUUCCACGACUCUUCGACUAUCUUGGCUGGCAGGAGAUCAAAUGGAUCGUAUCGAUCGGUGCAAUCUUUUCGCUCUGCACUAACUCACUCGGGGCAAUGUUUCCGUUGCCGCGUGUACUGUACGCCAUGUCCUCCGAUGGUCUCAUCUACAAGCAGCUGCGUACCGUCCAUCCCAAAACUAAGACACCCCUGCUAGCCACAAUCCUUUCCGGUAUCUUCUCCGGUACGAUGGCGAUGCUGUUCAAUCUGCAUCAGCUAAUUGACAUGAUGUCGAUCGGUACGCUGUUAGCGUACACGAUCGUUGCGGUUAGUGUAUUGGUGCUGCGUUACGAACAAAACACCAACUUUAUCGUCAGCACACAAACGAAAUCGUCCACCGUAGUGAAACAGCUGUUCAAUCUGACGUGCCUCACGGUUCCGAGCAGCUUAUCGUCCGAUAUUGUGAAGGUGUGCGUGCUUAUCUACGCAAUUGCUAUUAGCGUGAUCAGUUCGAUCCUAGUGCAUGCUCAAGAACAACUUGGCAACUAUAAUCCACUGAUCUGCACACUGCUAGUGGCUACGACCAUUAUAGCGAUACUACUGACGCUCGUCAUAUCCUGCCAACCGACAGAGGAGCGACAGCUUACCUUCCGUGUACCUUUCGUACCGUUCGUUCCACUGAUCAGCAUCUUUGUGAACGUUUACCUCAUGUUCCAGCUGGACGCGGCAACUUGGGUACGGUUUUUGGUGUGGUUGCUCGUCGGCUUUAUCAUAUACUUCUCCUACGGCAUUCGCCACUCAGUUCAAGGAUCCGGAAGCCAAACACUCUCGGAGAGUCAGUUAGACAUACCGUUCGCCAUGUUCACUACGGUGAAGCUGUAG